AUGACCGACCACCCAACGAAUGCGAGUGACGGAGAUUGGGAGGACUCUCCCCAGUCUCCAACAGCCAAUGACCGCAACCAUCAGGAGGACUGGUCCCGUGUGUGCUCGAGAGGUACUUCAGUUGAGCCAAGCGGCGCCGACGCUGGUGACGCCCCCCGGCCUGAGCACCUCGACAGUAAUGGCAACAACGACAACAUAAGCAGCGAAGAGUCAGAAGAAAACAUGCCACCCAACCGUGCAGCUUCAAUGGAGCAAGACCUCCUCGGCAUUGUCCCAUCGCCGAUCGGCAGACAGGUCCUUGAUGCUACUUCACAGCUAACCGUGUCCUUCGAAACCCAAACAAGCGAUGGCCCGGGGUUGAUUGGGCCAGAGCAGUCACAUGAACCGGAGGAACAAACGGAAUGCAGGGACUCUGGCAACAGCAGCAAAGACCACAAGCGCAAAGCACCUCCCGAGCUUGAUGGCACGAUUUCUCAGUCGCCCAAGAGGGUUUGUCGUUGCAAAGAAUAAGAAGGCAUUCUGUAGUGGGACAAUUAGUGGUGGUCUGAGAUUGUAUUCAUGAACCUUGCCGCACGGGAAACCACGAUCA